UUUUCGGUCUCGGACUCCAUCAGGCUGGAGGAGUGGAGCCGAGUAUAAACAAGGGAAACACAAAUUAUAGAGAGACCUUAUUAUUCAAUUUUCCAGAGGAUACAAAUAUACGCAUCAAACUCGAUUUUUUAAAACUAUAAAUGCAUGAAUUGGAGCAGAGUCACUCUUUUGUGAAUUAAUUUUGUGUGAAGACGUGUUGCAGGCAGCCAUUUUUGUUACUGCCUCAAAAGUCUGUCGGGACUCCAGAAAAGGAUUUUAAAAAUAUAUUUCUCCGAAUCGUGCCCAAGUUCGACCAAGAAGAUACAAAUUUACAAUUUAGGCUCCAGCGCGCAGCUAUUUGCAACAUUGUUUCGACAUGGAGAUUCGUUUAAUCAAUUAGUGAAGCGACCUUUUCCGUUGUCAUUUAGACAGUGACUGGAGAUUUAUUGUUUCAUGAGAUAGAUACGUUGUUACUUUUUUCGGAAGAGGGAACGAAAAGGGGAACCUUGAUUGAUCAUUGUUGCAGCCAGACAUUCUAAAUGUGGGUAACUUCUCGUAGUUUGACAUCGAGAACUGGCAUUUGUCAUUGGCAAUAAACGAAGAAACAUUAUGCUUCAAAGUUGGCUCAAGCUAGUCGCAGCCUGUCUCUGAAACGUCAAGGUAACGUUUCUAUUGGAUGUAGCUAGCUGAAACUUGCAGCCUUCGGCUAGAAGUCGAUUCAAGACGAGCAUAGGACGACGGCUUCCCCUGCCCUGCCCUGGAUCUUAAAAAUUAUGUUGUAAAAAUCGGUUUCGCGUCGUUAUCUAUUUAGCUUAUUCAGUUAACUAGUGUAUUUGUAUUUAUUAUUUAAACUAAUAUAUUUGUUUUUUGAGUUGUUAAUUUAAUUUUUAUCAAAUAUGUCAUCUGCACGGUUCGAUUCAUCGGACCGGUCUAGUUGGUAUUUCGGGCCGGUGUCGAGACAGGAGGCGCAGAAUAGAUUACAAGGACAGAGGCAUGGCAUGUUUUUGGUUCGGGAUUCCUCGACCUGUCCUGGCGACUAUGUGCUGUCAGUAUCAGAAAACUCCAAAGUGUCUCACUAUAUCAUCAACUCCUUGCCAAGCAAGAGGUUCAAGAUCGGUGACCAAGAAUUCGAGCACCUCCCAGCUCUUUUGGAGUUCUACAAAAUCCACUACCUGGAUACGACUACACUGAUAGAACCUGCCCCCAGGUAAGGAACUGUCAUAGGCUGAACCUGCGACCACAUACCACUCAAAGCAAUGCAGUUAAAAGCAAUUAGGACUUAGGUUUGCAAGAUAUUUAGAAUUCCAAUUAUUUGACACAUUUCCUGAUAUGUGAUUGACCUAUUAGAAACCGAUUCUGAUGGUUGUACCCCAUUUCAAUCAUAAACUAUAGGCUACCAGGCUUAUACUUAAUGAGUAAGUGACCUGUUUGACCUCUCAUGUAAUGACAAGUGUAACAAGGAAUUGCAUAGUUCCUUUAUUUAUUUUAUUUAUUUAACCUUUAUUUAACCAGGUAAGCCUUCCAGUGCUUCAGCCAGUUUUAGUUAUUGUUGCUGCAUAACCAUUUGAACUUUGUCUAGUGGUAUGUUCACAAAGGGGGUGUGACACUUUAAAAACAGUAGUGACUGCUAUUUUGGGAGAGGAAUGUAUAUAUUUCCAUCAACUCAGCUGAUGGUUUCAGUAGUUCAGCACUAAAACUUGUUCAUAUUGUCUUGAAACAGUCUUUUGAAAAUCAACAUGUUAAUCUGUGUUUUAUGAUCACCCUCCUCCUGCCCUCUUCCUGCCCAGGUACCCUAACACAGCGAUAGGCACUGGCCCCAUUCAGACGAUGGGGGGCCCAGAGGACAACCUGGAGUAUGUGCGAACUCUGUACGACUUCACGGGCAGCGACACUGAGGACCUGCCCUUCAAGAAGGGGGAGAUCCUGAUCAUCCUGGAGAAACCUGAGGAGCAGUGGUGGAGCGCCAAGAGCAAGGAGGGCCGCGUGGGCAUGAUCCCUGUGCCCUAUGUGGAGAAGCUGGUGCGACCCUCCCCUCACCCUGGCCAGCCCCCUCACAGCUCCCGCAACUCCAACAGCUAUGGCAUCCCCGAGCCGGCCCACGCUUACGCCCAGCCUCAGACCCCAUCGCCCCUGCCUCCUGGCACCCCUGGAGCGGUCAUCACCCCCCUACCCUCCAUGCAGAAUGGGCCAGUCAUGGCUAAGGCCAUCCAGAAACGAGUGCCCUGUGCAUAUGACAAGACUGCCCUGGCUCUAGAGGUAGGAGUACCUCACUUUCUGUUCCAGUAUGGCUUGGUGAAGGGAGGCCUAAAUGCUCCCUGUUGUCCUCUAUUCUCAUAUUUGAUAGUUGGUUCACUAUGUUGUGUACAUUUAAUUCGAUUUAAUGAGCUGGUAUUGUGGAAGCUGCGUUGUAGUUUGUCAGGAACUAUAGCCUGCAGCCACAGUACAUGUUGUGCCAAAUAUUAUGGAUCAAGUCAUUUUAAAGACAGUUGAGGGUAAAACAGAAUAUGCUUGCUGCAUCAGAACUGUUUUGCAUCCCUCAUUUUUAACUAAUCUCUUCUCCUCUCCUCCCUUUUCUCCUCCUCUUCUCCGCUCUCCUCUCCUGACCAGUGGUAUAGAUUCCAUCAAUCAGUCUGUGUUGAUUUUUCGAGAGGAAGUGCAAAGUAGUCAGCUUUUUGUGGAGUAGAAAUGCUGAGUUGCGGUGGGUGUCUGAGCUCUCUGGACUCCUCUCUAUUUGUUAAGCUCAUCCUCCAGGGGCACCGCUAGGCUUGGGCGGUAUACCGUAUAUACCAUAUACCAGGGUAUUUGGAUAUAGACACGGGAUGGUUUUUCCAAUACCGUUGAAACUAUAAAAAAAAAAAAAUGUAUUUCUAUAUUUAUAGCUACUUUUUAAGUAAAUACCUGCAAUGAACUUGUGCAAUACGUUAGGAGAUGAAGCAGAUCACGUUCAUUUCACCAGUCACAUUAUUUUACAUUAGUGCAACACAUUUUGAAAAAAGUAGCAAGAUAUGUAUUUGUAUUUUCUACAUGAAAAAUGACGAAUUCUGCGUUAGGGGUGACCCCUAAGUUUAACUUGCUAGUUAUCUAAGUAAGUGGCUGAAUUAAUAAGGUCACGAGGCAUCAUAUUGUGUUAGCCUUCUGCCUUGUUUGAGAAUUCAAAGCCACUUGGAUGAGUUAUCUGUAAAGCUGCCACUGCAGCUUGAUUUCCUUGCGUUUUUUCUCCUCUCCGUUCUGGGCCUCUGCUUCUCCCCUAUCUUGUCCGAGCAGAGCAGGUAGGCCUAUUGCCCUAGCGACUCACUUUAUAAGCUGAUUGUGUUUUUAUAGCGCUCAUUAGCAUAUUUAGCUAGCAACCUCCAUGGGAAUUCACCAUUACUUGUGCUAAUUUUGUUAGCAUUCUGAUAAUAGACGCCCAAUGGGCUUUUUUGUGCGUUUUUGGCGACCCCUUGUGUACUAAGCCGGUAAUACCGUAAAUCCCGGUGUGAGAGGAGGACCGUAUGAGAAUAUGAAAAUCUGGAUAACGCCCAACCCUAGCUCCCGCUCUCCCAAAGAUCACCCCUGAAGGACAGGUACCCCACAGGGGGAAGCUAGGGGCGAUGACAUGCCAAGUGGGUAUCUAACACCACCCCUCAAACUUAAUUUUUGGUCUGUUUAACCAUUGAAGUCAACUCUCUGGUUAUUCUCUGUAGACCUCUUGCUCUGAAAUCCUGAGAUUAGUGAGUCAGAUCAGUUUGUUCUCAUCAUGUGUCCUCCAGAGCAGAUGGAAGGUUAGCGGUUCAGAUUCCCAUCUGUCAGAAAGAGAGUCAGGGGUUGUGUGAAUUGCACCACCACUUUCACAAAUUAGAGCAAGGCUGACUGUAAUGCCUUUGAUUACCAUCCUCCCCCAGAAUACAGCCGAGUUUGAGUCAGUGGAGAAAAAUAGGGUAUUACGGUAGCCUCCACCACCUUUGAUUAAGUCAAAUCUGAUUUAAUCAUGGAAACUGCUGUGGCUCCAGAUCAGAAUCUCUCAGCUUUUUCCUCUUGUCUCUCUGACUCUGAAUAUAGUUUCCAUCACACCACCGGAGGCAAUGGUCACUCCUCCUAACUCAGGUGACUUAUUUAAUGACUUUGAAUGUAUUGGUUUGGUAUAAACCUCUUUAGGCAAUGUCCAGUCUCCUUUCACCCACAGCCCUCGACUGUAGCAGUAUUUUGAUUGGAGAUUAGCAUAUUGUAAAAUGUGCUAUUAGUCAAAAUGCACAUUUUCAGAGAGGGAGAGCGAGAUCUGCAGCAUUAGUCAUCAGUAGCUAGUACUAGACCUCCACACUAAAGUAAACCAUCUCUCAUUUAGAGAUUCUGGUCAUGGUGCAUCCGUGUUUCCACAGCAGUCCUCUGGUGGGUACAAGUCUGUCGGGGACUUCCCCCUGGUGUUGCUGCACAUUCAUCAUACACCCACUCAUCGUACAUCCACUCUUCAUACACCCACUUUAAGCAUUGAGAAGAAGUAACCCACUAGAUCUUCUGUAGUCACCAUGGGCUCCGUCAUGGUCAUUCACCUACUCACUUAAAAGCUUCGUAGACAUGGACAUGUAUGCCACAGAUUUGUCUAGCAGAGGCCUGCCUUUAUCCAAGGCUAAUGGCACUGUUAACAAUUUGCAUAAUAUCUCAGACACUUUUUCAUGGAGUUGCUAGUUGUUCUUAGAAGGUCUGAUCUACAUAAACUGUUUUAGUGUCCCAGAAGUAGUUUGACCUUUUGAACCACAGAGACUAAACGAGUUCAGCGGCUUAACCACUGCUUCAAUUUGGGACAUGUCCAUAUCAGUGGUGGUCCAUGCUGUUUAAGAUGAGGGAGGAUGAUUUUUUUUUUUUUUAUGAGCAUGGCCUUAUUUCUAUUACAGCAUAUUGGAUGACUGUCAUUCAUAUUCCAUUCACCCAAGUCUAUGUAACAUCGAUAGGUUUAGGCUACUACAUGAUAUUGUGUUAGCUUUGUGUUACCCAUCAUGAGGUUGCUACAACCUAGCUUAUGAUUGAAAGUUUACAAUGUAGGUGCACAGAUCAAGAGAAUUUUGAAUAAUCAAGUUGACAGUGACACAUUCGGUACCGCCUUGCACACUCUUGCCUGCAUCUAGCUGAUCUAGGGUGUAAUCAUUAGUCCAACAGUUGCAAAUGUGAGUUUAUAUUAUACAAAUUCAGGUAUUUCUAUCCGCUUUCCGUUUGCUUCCGUUUUUUAAUAAACUUUUUUCAACAGAAUCGGCGGAAUGAAUACACCCCUGAUCACACGCAAACACAGUUCACUUUUAUAGCAGCCACAUAAAAACUGCAUGAUCACUUUGCUCACUGUGUAUAUAUAAUUCCUUCUCCGCAACUACACUGAACAAAAAUAAACGCAACAUGCAAAUAUUACAAAUAUGUUACUAAGUUACAGUUCAUAAGGAAAUCAGUCAAUUGAAGUAAAUAAAUUAGGCCCACCUCUAUGGAUUUCAUAUGACUGGGAAUACAGAUAUGCACCUUUUUUAAUAAAAAAUAAAAAAACGUAGGGAAGUGGAUCAGAAAAGCAGUCAGUAUCUGGUGUGACCACCAUUUGCCUCAUGCGGCACGACACAUCUCCUUCGCAUAGAGUUCAUCAGGCUGUUGAUUGUGGCCUGUAGAAAGUUGUCCCUCUCCUCUUCAAUGUCUGUGCGAAGUUGCUGGAUAUUGGCGGGAACUGGAACACGCUGGUGUACAUGUCGAUCCAGAGCAUCCCAAACAUGCUCAAUGGGUGAGUAUGCAAGCCAUGGAAGAACUGGGACAUUUACAGCAUCCAGGAAUUGUGUACAGAUCCUUGCGACAUGCGGCCGUGCAUCAUCAUGCUGAAACAUGAGGUGAUGGUAGCGGAUGAAUGGCAUGACAAUGGGCCUCAGGAUCUCGUCACGGUAUCUCUGUGCAUUCAAUAUGCCAUCGAUAAAAUGCAAUUGUGUUCAUUGUCCGUAGCUUAUGCCUGCCAAUACCAUAACCCCACUGUCACCAUGGGGCACUCUGUUCACAACGUUGACAUCAAGACUCUGGCGAAGACGACGAGUACAUUUACAUUUACAUUUAAGUCAUUUAGCAGACGCUCUUAUCCAGAGCGACUUACAGUUAGUGAAUACAAUUUUUAAUUUUAUACUGGCCCCCCGUGGGAAUCGAACCCACAACCCUGGCGUUGCAAACGCCAUUGCUCUAUCAACUGAGCUACAUCCCUGCCAGCCAUUCCCUCCCCUACCCUGGACGACGCUGGGCCAAUUGUGCGCCGCCCAUGAGUCUCCCGGUCGCAGCCGGCUGCGACAGAGCCUGGAUUCGAACCAGGAUCUCUAGUGGCACAGUUAGCACUGCGAUGCAGUGCCUUAAACCACUGCGCCACUCAGGAGUACGCAGAUGAGCUUCCCUGAGAUGGUUUCUGAUAGUUUGUGCAGAAAUUCUUCGGUUGCGCAAACCCACAGUUUCAUCAGCUGUCCGGGUGGCUGGUCUAAGACUAUCCCGCAGGUCAAGAAUCGGAUGUGGAGGUCCUCGGCUGGCGUGGUUAAACGUGGUCUGCGGUUGUGAGGCCGGUUGGAUGCACUGCCAAAUUCUCUAAAACAAUGUUGGAGGUGCCUUAUGGUAGAGAAAUUAACAUUCUAUUCUCUGGCAACAGCUCUGGUGGACAUUCCUGCAGUCAGCAUGCCAAUUGUACGCUCCCUCAAAACUUGAGACAUCUGUGGCAUUGUGUUGUGUGACAAGACUGCACAUUUUAGAGUGGCCUUUUAUUGUCCCCAGCACAAGGUGCACCUGUGUAAUGAUCAUGCUGUUUAGGCAGCUUCUGGAUAUGCCACACCUGUCAGGUGGAUGGUAUAUCUUGGCAAAGGAGAAAUGCUCACUAACAUGGAUGUAAACAAAUUUGUGCACAAAACUUGAGAGAAAUACGAUUUUUGUGAGUAUGGAAAAUGUAUGAGAUGUUUUAUUUCAGCUCAUGAAACAUGGGACCAGCACUUAUAUUUUUGUUCAGUAUAUCUCGCAUCUAUGCGCUCUCCUCAUCUCACCUUUUCCCUUCGCUUGUGGACUUCAGUGCACAACACAUCAGCUGUCUGUGACCAUGCGGAAAAAACGUUCCAAGCCAAACCUUCAUAUCAUGACUGCUAACCGCUACACACAGCCUACAUCGUUGUCACCUUAGUCAACACAGUCAGAAAGCAGUUUAGCAGUUACACCGGUGGGCCCUUGUGGCAACAAAUUAAUAAAAACAAACCUUGACUUGGAAGAGUUCCGAUGUUGCAUAGCCAGCUAGCUAAGAUAGCAUACCUCUGAGUAGCUAGCUAAGUGAAAGUAAAACAAAUUCUACCAAAUAUAGCUCUCUUGCUUCUUAAUUUUGGAAGAAAUUAAUUAGUUCAAAACGGUUAAACUAUUGUCAUUCUUUUUGAGUCAACUACUCACCACAUUUGAUGCACUGCAGUGUUAGCUAGCUGUAGCUUAUGCUUUCAGUACUAGAUUCAUUCUCUGUUCUUUUGAUUGGGUGGACAACAUGUCAGUUCAUGCUGCAAGAGCUCUGAUAGGUUGGAGGACGUUAAUUGUCAUAAUCACUGUGUAAGUAUACCCAGAGGAGGACAGAAGCUAGCUGUCCUCCGGCUACACCAUGGUACUACCCUACAGAGUGCUGCUGAGGCUACUGUAGACCUUCAUUGCAAAACAGUGUUUUACAAAACAAUUAGCCUAACUAGAAGAAAAAAACCUUUUCCCGAACCACCUUCUCCCGCUGGCUUUCGCAGAUUCUGCCACUACGCUCCCGAAGUUGCCUGUAAUCGGCUACACCAGUGGUCGAUAACCUUUUUCCAUUUGAAGUCCUAAUUUAUCUUACAAUUUCUACCGAUCUGCGUGCCAGUUAUGAUUUUCAUAUGCACAUUUUCGUGGAACAGUUUAAUUUAUUUUAGGAUAAAAUCUUUGGAUCUCAAUCAUUGUCAUGUUAUAUGAAAAUUAUACAAAUCUAAAAGUAACUUCCAUUGCCAACUAUGUAAAAAUAGCCUACAUAAAGCCUACAAAUAAAAACAUUGCAGCCUGAAGGUAGAAAAUAUCCUGAUUUAAAAAGAAAUCACGUUGGCUACUCAUGGCCUGUCUGCAAGGAACUUUAAACAUCGUAUCAACUUGGUCCAGCCUGAUGCUUGUGCUAACAAACUUGCAACAUUGUAUAAAAUAUUCUGGACCCUCAGUUUCCCAUGCUGGUGAGCUCCGGAAAGAUACAGCUGUAGGCUAUUUGCACAAGGGAUAAGAAGUAAUCAGGUAGGCCUAUUUUCUGACAUUUCAACCCACUGGAUCAGAGCAUGACAUUGUUCCCUUUCACACAGUGGUUAUCGAAAGGCAGAGAGCUGGAAAUAUUUUUCAAAUAGGCUACAUUAAGGAACUAUUGUCAUUCUCAAUGGAUGUAAAAACAUACUUUGUUUACUUGCUGUUUGAGGUGGAGAAAUGUUUUACUUUUGUGAGGCUCCACAGCUCAUUAAUACUGGUGAGUUAAGACAAUCAGAAAUACUAUCAGAUUCCCAAUUGGGCACAUUUUUAAAAGCCUACAUUUGCACGCAGGCCAGGUAGCCUAGGCCUACUUCUAUGCGUAGUCAGGUGCGCGUCCUUACUCAACAUUGACAGGAGUGCUCCAAACAAAACACAAUGAAUAAAUUGACAACUUGUAAAAGGAAUGGAAUGAACCAAAUCUUUUUUCUCACAAGUGUAGCCUAGGUUGUGCGCUCUGUAAGCAACGUGUCAACUUCAACAAUGAGAACUGUAAAAGACUGUUGUAAUAAUAAUAUAUGAAAUACAAUAACAGAAAUUACGGUAACCAAACAAACAUUGUAGAUUCGAAAUUAUGGGAAUUAACCAACAUUUUUGCCACUGCUUGACAAGAAAAUUAUCGGUCAACCAACAGCCUAUCGACCAAACAAUCGACCAGUCGACUAAAUGGGGUCAGCCCUAGGCCUCCCCUUCCUCCUCUGAGGAGCUUCCACUGGUCCGUAUGUGUAAGGUAUUUUAUUAUUACAGUCUUUUACACUUCAUCUCUGUCUCUUUUCUAGUCUCUCAUUUCUCAUCGCUCGCUCGCUUUUUUUUCUCUUUUUUCUCUCCACCCUUUCACACACUCACUAAUGCUAUCUCUUUCGCUAUCUCUGGAUUGCUUUGAGUAGGUCAUGGCCUACAUCAGAAACCUACAAUUUAGCAGCAGUCUAUUUUGGGUCCUAUCUGCUUCCGGAAACAGCACCUCAAAGUCAUUAUACUAAACUUCAUCUGAAGGGAGGAAUAUACCUUGUGAUCUACUGCACCACCCACCCACUCUCAUUACAGAGAGGCUUACUGAAAUCUGGUUAUUACUAACGUUUGACUAUUGAAAAUAUAUUAAAGUUAUUCUUAGCAUAAUUUGCAUUGUAAUAAGGACCAUUCUUAAAAUCAGUUUAAAAUAUAGUAUCACCACACAACAGGAUCAUUUCUUAUAUGAAGAAAGUGCUAGUAGCCUAUACAUUGGGAUUUUACACAGUGGUUAUUCAGGACCCCAUUCACCCAUCACUUUAAUCUUUGUAGUCAGAUUAGUUCUAUUAAAGCUUUUUGGUCGACCUGACCUAAUUCACAUAUAAAUGUGAGUUAUAGAUCUGUCAUUCUCCAUUGAAAGCAAGUCUGAAGAAGCGGUAGAUCUGUUCUAUGUACUCUUUAGUUUUUGCGUCUUACUUUCGUUUUUUGUACACUAUAUUUUACAGCAGUUUAUAUGGUACAAUGAUUCUCUACACAUUGCUUGUUUUGUCACAUAAACUGAAAUUAGGCAUAUUAUUAGAAUUUUAUCAACCAGGAAAUGGGGGAGCGAUUUCUGCAUAUUACACCUUUUAAAUGUUGAGUACAUCAACCUGUUCUUUCACUAUGUAAGAAGAGCAUGCGUUGAUUACAAAUGGCAGUAUUAAAGUUGAGAAAUUGGCCUGAAGGAUUAUGAUUAUGGAUAGCAGAUAGGUCUAGAUAACUUCAAUGUCCUUGAAGCCUCAUCUGAUCCAAUCUUUCUUCUACAACAUCUAGAGCCUUCCCUCCACUUUCAGGUUUUAAUCUUCCUCUUAACAAUGCCAACUUUCCACAUUUAAUCCUGAGUAAAUGGCAUAUGGUCUGUGCAGUUUGGGGUCACGCACAGUGUCACAAAGCAUCCGAUUUAUGGCUUUCUGCUCAGCCUGUCAUAACCGUAGUACAGUGUCAAAUACAUGGAGGGUUGACCAAAUCACUUUUUCAGUGAGUGUCAGUUAAUGUGUGAUGGCUGCUGUUGGCACUUGUCCUUUUUAAUUUUCCACCCCAUUUGUCUGUGGGAUUAAGGAAAAGUCUAACUCCAUCCUCCAUUUCUCCUCAGGUGGGUGAUAUAGUCAAAGUGACGAGGAUGAACAUCAGCGGGCAGUGGGAGGGAGAGGUGAACGGCCGGAGGGGUCUCUUCCCCUUCACCCACGUCAAAAUAAUGGACCCCCAGAAUCCAGACGAGUGUGAAUGACCUGGACCCCAACCAACCAAUCCUCCCCACAGUGACACCCAAACCUGCUGGCUGUCUCCACCCCGCCUGCCAGUGUCACCACGGUUAUGCGCUUGCCUGCUUGAGGCUAUGCCGCAGCACUCCCUGUUAUUGUCACGCCAACCAUCGUGCAGCUUUUUGACUGUUUACAGACUCAACUAAACUCCCACAUCCCCAACUUGGUUACAGUUUGGUCAGUGAUUUUUGCCUUUAUGUCCUUUAAUUUCCAUACCACUGGCCGUUGCCACGGUUAUGUGUGUGUUGCCAUGGGUCCCACGAUGCCAUGUCUUACCUGGUCAUUUUUUAAAUUUGAUCUUUUGUUACAUUUUAAUACUUUGGGAUUUGUUGAGAGCUUUCUUGUGUGUUUCGUGUUGUGGAUGGGAGGAGGUUAAUGUAGAGUGAAAGGUGACUGAACAUCACAUGGACUGACUGAGGUCAGGAGAGCAAAGGCAUAGAGGGCUCUAGGUGGGGCCUGAGGAUAAAACCAGCCAGUUAACUGUCUCUCCAAACAAUCAUUCACUGUUGUACCUUAACCACAGCCACACAUACACAACGGUUGGCCAUUACUUGUUUAGGGCAACUGCUGUGUGUGUGUGAGGAUCAGCGUCUCUUGUCUGACACAAGCUGAGCUGACAGGGACAGGAGGACAAGGCAGAUGAUGACAGAGGAGGACAAGCCCACAUGGAUCUUGCCUUGUGGAAAAGCCCACAGCCUCAGUGACAUGAACCUAGUCGACAGAGUUCCCGUAUUUAUGUUUUCCCAAGACAACAUGUGAAAUGGCCAUAUGUGAUGACAUCUUUUUGUUUUAAUUGUGCCAUAAAUUCAGGAGUGCUGAGCAAGGUGUUUGUCAUAGUGUAUGUGCAUGGCUGUGACCAUGCUAUAGCCAAUGAUAUAAGAGGACUUAUAAAUACUGUUGAGGGGUAAGGGCUUUUCUAUGAAACGGAUGCCUCCUGCAUCCAAUGAUAUUGGUCACGGGAGGUGGGAAAAGGUUUCAUCCAGCCAAUGACACCCCAUCAAUGCCUUUCACUGAAAAUGCAACUUUCGUACAAGCAAUCCUUCCCUGCUCUCUCUCCAGGUUCCGUAAGGUGGUGAUUGGUUACACUCCUGUCUUGUUUCUAGACAGUGUUGACUGUCGAGCACAGGACCUGAGGAGAAAACAUGGUUGUCUUGGGUAUGUCUGAUGCCAGAGCUGUCCUGCUCUGAGGCCUUUGUGUGUGUGUGUGUGUGUGUGUGCGCGCUGAUAAAGUGCUCUAUUAGAUCUCUGCUGUAAAGAAGAAAACAGACUUACCCUUGCUGUUGUCUCUCCCCGAGUGCUUUCCCUCAAUCCCCCUGAGCUUUUUCAUUGGGUAGAGUAAUACCAUUGUACAGCUAUCAAUCGUGUGCCAACUGUACUGUUUUUGUUUAUUUUGUUAGCCAGCUGGUAGACUGAAAAAAUUUGACAGGUCACUUUUUAAAAGGGAAAAAAACAUGCCUCUUGGUGUGCAUGACCUCUUGGCCUUGAGGUUUCUCUUCCAGGUCAAAUGCUGCUUUGUCAGUUCUGAUUUCCGCAUUAAAAUAUGAAUUAGAGUUUUGUUUU